UAAAUCAAGUCCCGUCUCAGAUCAGUUUGUUCAUAUCCAAGCGACUCGUAAACAAGAAGUGAAGAUCCGAAGUUGAGUUGUCUUGCAGACCCAGACUUUGUUGCUCUGAACCCAUUGCCUGUUCAGAGCAGCAGUGCGAGAGCAGUGGUGUCUCUCAGGAACCAUAAACACACAGUGAACGCUGUGUUAUCUCAGAGAACUUUGAUCUGGAGCUCUAUAAAGAAGACCAAAAUAAAAAAGUAGAUUGACUGGCUGUCUGUCUCAGUUCAGUCCUCAAGUUGUGCACUGGGACCAGAAAAGCUUGGAGAGAGCAGAUGAAGAACUGACGGGACAUGAAUUUUGACAUUUUGUGACAGAAGGCGUUGAGACAAGAGGAGAUCUUCAGCUGGACUGGAGUCAAACGAUCUAACAGAGAGAAGAAACGGUGAACAGAGGGAACAACGGGUGAAGAACCAGCAACAAAGGCAGAGACCCACAGAGAGAAAAAUAGAGGAACCCAACAGAAGAAGAAAAAAGGGGGGGUGUUGAGCUCCUGACCCUUCAAACAUCAACCAGCAACUUGCAUCGUCAUGGACACAGACACUGACCUUAAUCAUACACACAGCUCCUCACAGCAUCAAGACACAGAGUUGUUCUCGUCUGAAGAAGACAGCAGUCUCUACUUCACCUACAGUGGAGGGUGCAAUGAACUGGAAGUCAACAACCUGCACUAUGAGGUGGACACAGCGGCUCAGAUCCCGUGGUAUGAGAGGUUAUCCGAGUUCAAGUUGCCGUGGGAGAUAAAAGGGAACAAGCAGACAGCUAUCAACAAGCUCAGCCUCCAGGUCCGCAGUGGGCAAAUGCUGGCAGUCAUUGGCAGCUCAGGUUGUGGUAAAACAUCUUUGCUGGACAUAAUAACAUGUCGCGAUGAAGGCGGUGCAAUGACAUCUGGUCAGGUUCUGAUAAACGGGAAGCCCAACACGCCGCAGCUGGUGAAGAAGAACAUCGCUCAUGUCCGCCAAGACGACCGACUUCUUCCUCACCUCACCGUCCGGGAAACUCUCGCUUUUGUUGCCAAAUUGAGGCUCCCCACCCACUUCACACAGGCUCAGAGGGACCAGAGGGUGGAUGAUGUCAUAGCAGAGCUGCGGCUGCGACAGUGCGCUCACACCAGAGUGGGAAACGACUAUGUGAGGGGCGUUUCUGGAGGAGAGAGGAGGAGAGUCAGUAUAGCUGUCCAACUUCUCUGGAACCCCGGUAUUUUGAUCCUGGACGAGCCCACGUCAGGUUUGGACAGCUUCACAGCCCACAACCUGGUGAUCACUCUGUCCCGCCUGGCUCGGGGUAACCGUCUGGUCCUGCUGUCGGUCCACCAGCCUCGGUCUGACAUCUUCCAGCUCUUCGACCUCGUCGUCCUGCUGUCGUCCGGUUCAGCCGUUUACUGCGGCGCUGCUCGGGACAUGGUGCCUUACUUCACUUCCCUCGGAUACCCCUGCCCUCGAUACUGCAACCCCUCUGACUUCUAUGUUGAUCUGAUCAGUAUAGACCGGCGCAGUCCAGAGCGAGAGGCCGAGUGUUUGGAGCGGUCCACGGUUCUGGCUGGACAGUUCAUGGAAAAGGUCAGAGACACAGAGGAUCACAUGUGGAAACAAGCUGGGACCAACACAGAACCAAAACAAACUGAAAGCCCUCAGCAGAUGAUCAAAGUUAAAGGAGAGGAAGUCAUCACUAUUUCCAAGCAGAGUAACAGACUGCCCGGCCGACUUCAACAGUUUACGAUUCUCAUCAGGCGUCACAUGUACAAUGACUUCAGAGACCUGGUCACCUUAUUCGUCCACGGUUUCGAGGCCCUUCUCAUGUCCCUGCUGGUCGGUUGUCUCUACUACGGAGCAGGAGAAGAGCGUCUGUCCGUCCAGGACACGGUCGCCCUCCUCUACAUGAUCGGGGCUCUCACCCCAUUCGCUGUGGUGCUGGACGUCAUAGCUAAAUGUCACACAGAGAGGGCCAUGCUCUACCACGAGCUGGAGGACGGCAUGUACUCCGUCACCUCCUACUUCUUUGCCAAGGUCCUGGGGGAGUUACCGGAGCACUGCGUGUUCACCCUGGUGUACGGCCUGCCCAUCUAUUGGCUGGCCGGUCUUAACGAGGCUCCGGACCGUUUCCUGCUCAACUUCCUGCUGGUGUGGCUGAUGGUUUACUGCAGCCGGGCCAUGGCUCUGUUUGUAGCUGCUGCGCUGCCCACCCUGCAGACCUCGGCCUUCAUGGGAAACUCCCUUUUCACGAUCUUCUAUUUGACCGGAGGGUUUGUCAUCAGCCUGGAGAAUAUGUGGCUAGUGGCCUCGUGGCUCUCUCACGCCUCCUUCAUGCGUUGGGGUUUUGAAGGCAUGCUGCAGGUGCAGUUCAGAGGCAACAAGUACCCCGUCACCUUCGGAAACCUCACCUUCGACAUCAACGGCAUAUACGUGGUGGAGGCCAUGAAUAUGAACCAGUACCCUCUGUACUCCUGCUAUCUAGUCCUGCUGGCAGUCUGUCUGGUCUUCAUGGCGCUCUAUUACGUGUGCCUAAGAUUCAUCAAACAGAAGUCCAGUCAGGACUGGUGAACACAUCUGGACCUGUUUCAACUAUCAGACCAAAACGCCAGCUGGAACACAGAAAUGACAUCAGAGUCAGGUUUUUACUGUAGGACUUUUUUUUUUUGUGCAGCAGUGGAAGGAAGUAAUCUUGGUUCUAGUUCGACUGGUUCGACACUGAGCCAUGCUUUCCCAUGUCAUUUUACUGUUCUUAUAAGGAUGUUUUAAAGGACUUAAGUGCUAAAUUUAGGAAGAAAAGUCAAAUAUAUGUUUAGAAUUGACUAUUUCACAGUAAUUUCAACAUCAGAAACACAUGAACUGUCCUCCCCAUCUUUUUAACCCUUCUUGAUGUAUAAAAAACAAAUUCCUUAAAGUGCAGCAAUUUUUUUAAUCUUUAGUUGAAAGAAUCUUAACAUAUACCCAGUGUUAACAUGUGAAUAAUAAGGAUUUGGGUAAGAAAACCUAGUUUAGGACAAGCUUAUGUUGCAGUACUGUUGUCUGCUGCUGGGUGGCAGCAGAGCACUGCACUAACAUCACAGUUAAAAUGAUAGACUUUUUUUCUCUCUCGCUCUUGUCUCCAUCUUGGCAAAUGAUUAGAGCGCCACUUUGGCAGAUAUCCAUCUGCAGCUUUUGCUUGUUCCAUUUUCAAUCUCCUUUUUUCUAAAGCUUUAUCUUUUUUUUUUGUAUAUGUAAGGUUAUUAAGCUUAACAAUAUGCGGCCAGUAUAGGAAGCACUGAAAAAAAAGCCUAGUAGAGAUUUAGUAAGUCAUACGUUGAAAAAAGAAAGAGCUUGUACUUGUGUGUGUGUCCUCAGAUUGAAGAUUAUGUAAGCUGUGUGUUUUUGUACUGUUGUAAAAGCCUGAUAAAUAUUUUACAGACAUGGUUUGAGUCCAAAUUAGUAAAGUAUUAAAUCAAAUUGCUCCA